AUGGCUUCAUUUUCUUCAAAUCUUCGAACUGUAGAGGAGAUCUUCAAAGAUUACAGCGCUCGUCGUGCCGGAAUCGUUCGUGCUUUAACUGAUGAUGUGGAUGAAUUUUAUGGGCUAUGCGAUCCUGAGAAGGAGAAUUUGUGUCUAUAUGGACAUCCAAAUGAAACUUGGGAAGUCAAUCUACCAGCUGAGGAAGUUCCGCCUGAGCUUCCGGAACCGGCACUUGGGAUCAAUUUUGCAAGGGAUGGCAUGAAUCGUAGAGAUUGGCUUUCUCUAAUUGCUGUGCACAGUGACUGUUGGUUGCUCUCCGUGUCUUUCUAUCUUGGUGCUCGGCUCAACCGAAAUGAAAGGAAGCGAUUGUUCAGCUUGGUGAAUGAUCUGCCUACAGUAUUUGAAGUUGUGACUGAAAGGAAGCCGGUGAGAGACCAACCCAAUGCAGACAGCGGAAAUAAAUCCCGUGGCAGUACAAAGAGAUAUAGUGAUGGUCAGGUGAAAAGCAAUCCAAAACUGGCAGAAGAGAGUUACGAGGAGGAUGAAGACGAACACAGCGAAACACUAUGCGGAAGCUGUGGGGGAAAGUAUAGUGCAGAUGAGUUCUGGAUUGGCUGUGACAUCUGUGAGCGGUGGUACCACGGGAAGUGUGUAAAAAUAACUCCUGCUAAGGCUGAGAACAUAAAGCAAUACAAAUGCCCGUCUUGCAUGAAGCGAGGAAGACAGUAG